AUGGAAGAAUUUCAUACUGUAGUCACCAAAGAAUGCGGUGCAGGUGCUGAAAACUUUUGGAAAGCAAUUGGGAUAUGGCUCAAGAGUCCUCAUCUCAUUAAUCGUAGAAUUUUAGCUUCCACUCAACUUGAGUUUUAUAAAUUAGAGCAUGUUGAUAGAACAGAAGUUUUUAAAUGGUUUUUAAGUAUUUUAGAAGAAUUUUUUGUCGAGGAAAACGUUGAAAAGAGAAUAGUUGAUUCUCUAAAAAGACUGAACAAUGAAAAAAUUUCUGUUAAUGUUUGUGAUGACUUUGAAGAUCUUACAUUGUCGAAAAUCAGAGAAAAGGCAAUGUGUUUAAGGCUUGCAAAGCUACUACCUCGCCACACAAAUAAAUUUAAUCAAACUCUGGAAAUUUGUUUAAUUGAUGUAGAAUCCGGCGCCGUUUCAUAUGCUCAUCAUAACUACUCUAAUGCAGAAGAAAAAAAAUCACUAGGUUUCACGCACCCAUAUCAGAUAAAAUAUGAAAGUAACAAUGUCUCUAUUGGCGUGAAAAAUUUUAAUCAAUGGAACGAGAGUGAAAAUUUGUUGUGGCUAAAAACCUUUCUUUUCCCUAAAUUGUUUAAAUGGAUUGAAAAUGAAGAUCCAAAUAAAAGCUUGGUUUGUGGUUCUUUAAAACUUGUGUCAUCUGAAAAGUACACAAACUUGUACAAUAAUUUAAAAAGGAAAUACGGAACAGAGAUGGUGAAAAUAUGGCCAGAAAAUACCGACCCGUUAAAGUUUGUUUACGAGGAUGUUGCUAUUGCAACCUAUUUGUUAUUGUUAUGGGAAAUAGAAAGAGAACGGCUUGGUAUUCAUGAAAAACAAUCGUUUUUGGAUCUUGGUUGCGGCAAUGGCUUGUUGGUGCAUAUACUUAACAGUGAAGGAUAUCCAGGAUUAGGAAUCGAUCUUCGUAAAAGAAAAAUUUGGGAUCUCUAUCCAGAAACUACAAAACUAGAGGUGCGCACUGUAAUACCAUCUUCAAAAAGUUUGUUUCCUGACACUAACUGGCUAAUCGGUAAUCACUCUGACGAGCUCACGCCCUGGAUUCCUGUGAUAGCUGCCAGAAGUUCGUACAAGUGUCGCUUUUUCCUACUGCCGUGUUGUGCCUACGAGUUUAAUGGCAGAAAAUAUCAGCGUGAAAGCUCCUCUUCUAGCCAAUACACCGAUUAUAUGCAGUAUAUUAAAGACGUAAGUGAGAAAUGCGGCUUUAAAACGGACAUCGACAAACUGAGGAUACCGUCGACCAAAAGAAUUUGUUUGAUUGGUACUGAUAGGUCAUAUUUAGAAGUGGAAAGUGAGAUCCAGGAUUUGAAAAUUCAGGAGAUGAUCAAUACGAGAUGCAAUGGGAGUCAGAUUUCUGAUGCUUGGUCUAGUGAAUUCAAGCCACGAGAGUUGGUGGAGAAAGUGAGGAACUGCACUCAAAUCGACAAAGGUUUGAUAUCAAAUAUAAUUGACAUCGUGGUUUCUUUGUUGUUACGUAAAGUCCUUAUGAUCGAUUUGAGCGGUGGAAAGACGUGGAAUGCAGGUGGCGAAGUUGAAUUGCGAGACGUAGCCACGGCACUCGAUUCUGAUUGUCUAAAAAAACUAAAAACUGAAUGUGGUGGAUUGCAAACUUUGCUGAAAAACAACGGGCAUAUUUUUAAAAUAGAGUCGGGAAAAGUCAGAUUUCGCGUUCCAGGUAAGGAUCGAGUAGGUCGGAAUAAAAAGUUGAGAAAUUCGAGUGUGUCGAGAAAAGUCAAGGCGUGUUGGUUUUACACUAAUCACCCAGAUGGGUGUACUUUGACUGAUAUCGAAUGCGACUUUAAACAUUGUUAA